AUGGCCGGCCGCAUCAACCGAAUCACCAUGUUCAAGAUACCUGAGCCCGAGGGCCAGCAGAAGAUGCUCGACGCGUACAAGACACUUUCCAUGGAUCAAAAGAAGGAUGGCGCGCCGUAUAUUCUGUCCAUGACGACCAGUCGAGUUAUGGAUGACUCUCGCUCUCAGGGUUGGACGGUAGUCAGCCAAGCCGAGUUCGCCAGCAUCGACGACAUGCGGUGUAUGCAUUAUCGCGAAUCUUUGAAUUCUAAUAAGAUUGCUAAAAUGUCAGUAGAUUAUGAUGAAGAAUGCGAAGCGCACGGUGCGCUCAAGGCGAAGGCCAAGACGAUGGGGAUCGCUGGCGGGCCCCAGGGCGUAAUGACCGUCUAUUUUCCAGCUAAUGGCGGUUCAUGA